AUGGAGAUGAGGACAUUAUGUGGGAUAAUUGAUCGUAGGAAAGGUUUAUUGACUCAGGCCUCAGAGGUGGUGAAAGAGGUGAUAUGGACGAAAAACAUGAAAACAUCAAUCUUUUCUAUUACCUUUGCUAUAAUUGGAUGGACUGUCCUGCUUCAAAGAGUAUCAAGAUGCAGAGAAGUGUCGCAGUGUGCUGGUAAGGAGAUAAGUCUAGAUUGUUCUAGUCCAGACUGGCUGAUUCAAGUGGAUUACGAGAUUUAUGGAUACAACCAAUCACAGAACUGUGUUGUGUCAGGGGACAUCUGUACAGACACCGAAUUUCUCAAUCCGCCCAGUGUUAAGUACUGUAAUGGCAGACCUUCCUGUACCUUCACUGUACCAACAGAUCAGUACAUGACAGUAUGCAAGGAAAACGCGACCUCCCUUAAAGUCAUAUACCAAUGUGUGGCAAAGUCUCAGAGUUUUGACAUGUGUUCUGAUUUUCUGGAGAUGUACAGAUCCACCUUCUAUCUAACCUCACCUCUAUACCCAGUCCCAAAAAUAUCCCCUGUCAGAUGUUCCUGUGACAUCACAGGUGAGAACAUGGAUGUUCGGACACUGGAACAGACCAAGGCGUCGCUAAGUCCAGUGGUGUACAUACUCGCAACUGACACCAGCACUAAACACAUCACAAAACUCAGCAUCAUCAACAGACUGGAGUUUGCUAACAUCUCUAGUCUAGAGGUCUUACUGGACAACAGGUAUCCGCAGCAGGAAUUCAGACUUUGGCUCAAACUCACGGGCAAUGGUAUGGCUAUCAAAUGUGGCUCUCCUGUAAUACCGUCAGCCGUUAGCAGUUCACAAAUUGACAUGUCAACUCACGACAGUUACCUCCCCUCUAGUAUAUUCAGCACUUCAUCUCUAGAACUUUUCUCUUCUUAUGAUGACAUAAAUGUGACUGCUCUACCUAACAGCACCCUGAACUUUAAUAUAAAUACUUCCUCCGAGUCUAUGAUAGCUGUAAAGAGUUAUCUCUCCUCAUCAACAGUUGACACAGUGUUGACAGUGUCUGUGAUAACCGAGAAGAGUUACCUCCCUUUGUCAACAGUGGACUCAGUGCUGACCAAGUCUAUAACUGAGAAGAGUUACCUCUCUUUGUCAAUAGUCAAUUCAGUGCUGCAAACAGCUACAGUAACUGUAUCCUCUGUGUCUAUUACAGGAAAAAGUUCACAGAGAAUUAGCCAAUCAGGUGAGGUUAUAUUAAUUGCUGUGAUCGCCUCAGUUUGCGGUCUCUUCUUCAUCAUAUUCAUUGUUGCUACUAUUCUUAUUUGCAGGAAGAAAAAUGAAGAUGUUUCUGAAUCUAGAGAAAAUAUACACCGACCUGGCAGGAAUGUUAUAGAUGCUUAUGAACAAAAUGAUUUCACUGUGAACUUCUAG